UAUUAGAUGACGACUUUUAUUUGUUUCUUUUGAUUCCUUCAUCUAUAAAAUUCAAGACUCUCAAAUUUUUAUAAGCAAAUCAAAGAAAGAGAGAGGUCAAAGAAAUGUGCACGCUAGAGAAGAGAGGCAACAUCUACAUCCUCACGCUGACCGGUUCCGGCGAGCGCCGCCUGAACCCUACUCUCAUCGACUCCAUUCGAUCUGCUUUACGUAGACUCCGAGCUGAGCCAACCUCCCCAUGCUCAGCUCUAAUCACCACUGCCCAUGGAAAGUUCUUCUCUAAUGGAUUUGAUCUUGCCUGGGCACAAUCAUCUCAACCACGUCUCAAUCUCAUGGAUUCGAAACUCCAAUCUCUCGUAUCAGAACUCAUCUCUCUUCCUAUGCCAACAAUAGCUGCAGUCACAGGCCACGCAUCAGCAGCUGGAAUGAUCUUGGCUCUGAGUCAUGACCAUGUUCUCAUGAGGAAGGACAGAGGGUUUCUCUACAUGAGCGAGAUGGAUAUUAGGCUUGUAAUACCAGAUUGGUUCGUGGUUUUGUUGAAGUGCAAGAUAGGGGAUACUAAUGUCAGACAUGAGGUGAUUAUGACAGCGGCCAAAUUAACGGCUGAGAUGGCGGUGGUGAGAGGGAUAGUGCACUCCGCGCAUGAUAGCGCAGAGGAAACGGUUGAUGCAGCAGUUAGGUUGGGAGAGGCGCUGGUGAAAAGAGGUUGGGAUGGGGAUGUGUAUGGGAAGAAUAGAAUGGUGCUUCUGAGCGAAGUUUUGGAGAAAAUUGGGUCGGAAAAUGCGACUGUAGAGGAGGAGAAGACCCAGUCAAAAUUGUAAUGGCGUCAAAUUUGUAAUGCUUGCUAAAAAUUAUCAUUAAUAUACUUAUAAUAAAGGGAUCAGUCCGGACAUCUACAUAUUUGCCUUC